AUAAAAACGGGUCCUUCCCUUCACUCUCUCAUUCACUCCUCUCACCUCCAUCUCCUCAGGAACAAGGUGCAGCUCCAGCCACAAGACAUGUCCUGCUACAACCCGUGCCUGCCCUGCCAGCCUUCUGGCCCAACCCCACUGGCCAACAGCUGCAACGAGCCCUGUGUCAGGCAGUGCCAGGAUUCCAGAGUUUUCAUCCAGCCGUCCCCCGUGGUGGUGACCCUGCCCGGCCCCAUCCUCAGCUCCUUCCCACAGAACACCGCCGUGGGCUCCUCCACCUCCGCUGCCGUUGGCAGCAUACUCAGCUCUCAGGGAGUGCCCAUCAACUCCGGGGGCUUUGGUCUCUCUGGCUUGGGCAGUGGCAUCUGUGGCACGAGGAGGUGUUUCCCCUGCUAAAGCUGCUGCUGAUGGCCCUGAGGAAGGCCCCCAGUGACCCACAAGGUGGUACUGGACUGGGGACAUAGCAUCAGGUUUUUGUUUUCAGAGGGGCUGAGCAACCCCUUCCAAAACAACAGGACCAGCCUGGGCUCUCAGAAAGCACAGCCCAUGCCCCCUUUCCCCUCUUCCACUCUUUCCUUUCCCUCUUGUGUCUUGUUCUCCUGUGCUCCCCUGAGCUGUGAGCCCCACAAAACCAGCCUAGGGAGGAUCUGCUGGCCCUGCUCCCUUUGUGGGGCCACCUAAUAGACCCCCAGUGGGAUGUUCACCUGCCGUCACCUCUGCCAUGAGGUUCAGACUCUCAUCUGUCCCCAGUUUUCCCUCCACUCAGAAAAAUCUCAGUUUCAUCUUUUCACUCAUUAAAGUUUUGCUGCACCUGA